AUGCAGAAUAUUCCUUGCAAGUUUAUCUUCAUGAUAACUGUGUUAUGGGAAGAAGCUGUGAUUCAGGCACGUAAAGGUGUGAAAUGCGGUGGGGUGCUCUCUUCUUCAGUUGGUAAUUUUUCCAGCCCAAACUUUCCAGGACUGUACCCACCAUACACAGAGUGUUCUUGGCUCAUUGUUGUGUCUGAAGGUUCCACAGUGCAGCUCACGUUCCAACAUUUUGACCUAGAAUUCCAUGAGUCCUGCGAAUAUGACUAUGUCAAGAUUUACAAUGGGGAGUCCAAGGAUGAAGGGAACCUCCUAGGGAAGUUCUGUGGCACAGAUUUUCCCCCGCAGCUCACGUCCUCAUGGCAUGUCCUCUCUGUUCUUUUUCAUUCGGACAAACAUGUGACCAGCACAGGAUUUUUUGCCACAUAUAAAAAAGAUAUUUGCGGAGGAAUACUAAAUGGUCUCUCUGGAGUGAUCACAAGUCCUGAUUACCCUGAUAAUUACCCCAACAACGCAGAAUGUCAAUGGCUCAUCCAGGCAGCUCCGGACUCCAAGAUUCGUCUGGUCUUCACAGACUUUCAGAUGGAGAGUGAGGAAUGUAACUUUGAUUAUGUUGCCAUCUUUGAUGGUCCAAAUCUAGAGGAGAACAAAGCCCAACGUUAUUGUGGGUACACAAAUCCCCCAGACACUACUUCUUCAUCCAAUGAAUUACUGGUGGUGUUCAAAUCAGACUUCAAUAUUGGAGGACGGGGCUUCAAGGCACAUUUUUCAACUGGCGAAUGUCGGGAAAUCUUCACAACUGUAAAAGGAAAUAUCACCAGUCCUCGUUACCCAGAUCUGUAUCCCAACAACAUUAUUUGCCACUGGAACAUUCAACUACUCCCAGGGUUCCGCAUUAAGAUUUUUUUUCGAGACAUAGAGUUAGAAGAAAGAAGCAGCCUAUCCAAAGAGUGUGACUAUGAUCACCUUUCAGUGUACGAUGGAGACAGCGAGGACAGCCCAAUGUUGGGAAGGUGGUGUGCCAGCGACACUCCUCCUCCUCUUACAUCAAGUGGGAAUAAAUUAUUAUUGGUACUUGUGACGGACAGAGACACUGCCAACAAAGGAUUCUCCGUGUCGUACAUAGGCGUUGUGCCAAUGAAUGUCAGCUGUACCCGUACAGAUUUCCAAAUUUUAGUUCCAAGUCAAUCUGUCCCUCAGUUGGAGAGGAGUCACAUCUACCUGGGAAGUCCUUCCUGCCCCUCUCAAAUAUCAGGCAAUAAUUACAAGAUAUACGCCCGAUUUGACACAUGUGGAACAGAACCUCAGAAGAGGAAUAAUACAUCAGUCAUCGUGAGUGUCUUGUAUGUGGACUUCUCCUUCGGCACUCGUGAAGAUAUCCAUGAGUAUGAAGUGCAGUGCGAGCCAAAGAGGAAGGAGGCAUCCGUGCAUAUCCUAUCUGGGUCAGAUCCACUCCGACUCAAUGCAUUGCUGGACAGUGCAGCAGAAUCAAGGCUUCCGGAAGCAGAAUCUUCAGAGACCAGUGACAAUGGACAGGAUGGCAGCGACGUGAUUUUUAUCAGUAUCUGUAUCUUAGCUGGCAUCCUCAUGCUUAUAGCAGUGGUGGGCCUGGUAUUACUGUGACAAGGUGCCUCUAUAACACGCCAGUAAUAAACUACUCACCAUUACUGUGCUCCCACAAUUAUUACUUUUCAAAGUGGGU